GAACAGCCAACAGCCAGGAGCAGCUAGUAGCCAUCAGUACUCAUCAGUGCCCCACAAAGCUGAUAAAAACCCACUCAAAACAACGCAAUUUGUGUAAACAAUAAAACUCUUGUGGAGGCAUAUCUUACAAGCUUACAAAAGCAGCGGAAAGUUUUCAAACAAAAGGCAUAAAAUCAAUCAAUUAAAAAGAUGUCUGCAUCGCCCACUGCCCGUCAGGCCAUCACCCAGGCCCUGCCCAUGAUGACCAGGAAGAUUGUCAUCUCGGAUCCCAUCCAGAUGCCCGAGGUGUACUCCUCGACGCCUGGAGGAACCCUGUACUCCACCACACCUGGAGGCACCAAGCUAAUCUAUGAGCGCGCCUUCAUGAAGAAUCUCCGUGGUUCGCCCUUGAGCCAAACGCCGCCCUCGAAUGUGCCCAGCUGCCUGAUGAGGGGCACCCCCAGGACACCUUUCAGGAAGUGUGUUCCCGUGCCCACGGAGCUGGUCAAGAAGACCACGUCUUUGAAGAUCGAGGACCAAGAGCAGUUCCAGCUGGAGCUGUAGUCUGGCGGCCAUCAAGAGCUUUAAAUUCCAAGCAAGCAGCAACUGCCAAAUCAUACUUAGUUCUUAGUAGUUAAACCCUAAAAAACCCGAUCUUAUAAGCUUAGAAACCUUUUAAAUUAAUUUAAAUAUUAGUUGUCCAAGUUCUUAAUUUAUUAAGUUCUUAAGUUCUUAGGUUUUAAAGUUCUCAAGUCCUUAGUUCUUCCAAUUGUUUCUUGUUCUUUCGGUCAUAUUGACUCAGUAAACUUGUAAAACUUUAGUGAAUAAGUAACAAAAAAGCAAUAAAAAAAUCUAAAUAUUUAAAAAUUA